AAUAAAACACUUACAAAAUAUAUAUUUAAUUUGUUUAGUCUAAAUGUCAUGUAACCAUUACACAACAUUAAUAUAUCAGAAACUGAGAACUCAUGGUAAAUGAACAGAUACGUUUUAUGUACCAAUAAAUGAAAAUGACCAAAUGAAGCUCCAACAACCGGUAAUAAUAACAAUAAUUAUGAAAAAUACUACUGAUAAAAACUUUAAAACUGAUAAAAAUAAAUAUUUGUUUAAACAUGCAAAUGUACUAUUAAAUUAUUGUAAUAUUAAUUCAAAAUCUCAGGGAGUGGUUCAAGUAAAUAAUUUAGGUCAAGAGGUUUCUGCUGACAAACUGUUUUAAAGCCCCUUGUGUAGGAGAAAAGAUGUCCUUUUUUGGACGAUGAUGAUGAUGAGUCGAUCACACAUGAUAAACUGAUGAUCUGACACAAGAGGAAUCAGUUAGGAAAGUUAAUAUUUCUGAUCUACGAACUACAUCACAGACGGUGUGAAUCACAAAAUCACCCUGGUGAAGCUCAACUGUAAAGUUUUGCUGUGUUAAACUUGUAGUAUUUUUAUUCUAAUUUGAAAGCACAUGGUUCGGUAUAACUCGAUUUAGUUUGAUGUCUUCAGUCUGACAGCAGGACUGUUGUUAGAAAGCAAACGUUAAUAAAUUGAUUUAAUUUAAUCCUAUUAAAACGGUACACCACAUCAGUGAUUCCGUUGACUCUGUUGAUUUCCUUCGAAGUUACAAAACGACACUCAGAAAUGAAUCAUGAGGUGAGUAAAAAGUUCAUAAUAUUACUAUAAUAUAUCUGUCUUUCUGUUUUUAAUUGUGUGCAUGUGUUUUGUAUCUCUCGCAGUCGUGUAAGUUUUUAAUCUGAGAUGUUGGAGUGGGAGGAGCCGGGCUGUGAAGAGCUAUUUGAAUGACAGAUGAAUGUGAUCGACUGCUGGAGAAACCCGUGGAUGAGGGACAGAUUGGAGACGGAGAACGCUGAAAAUAUCUCAUUUUAGAGUCUUAGGUUCCUCUAUUAUAUCCCUCUCUUGGAGUGUCGUAUCCCAGAAUUCCAAUGCAUUUGUCACUGGACACUAUGAACAUGGUGGAUGACGCUUGUCUUUCGCCCAGUAACUUCCACGAGAUGGUUAAAGCUGGAGGUGCGGUGAUGGGCACUCGUGUCCACAGCAUUGAUGUCAUCCUGGGCUUCAACAAGGACCAGGAGCCUUUGCUCAACCCUGGAGUCAACGUUGUAACUCAUAAAGUCGGAGUGGGGAAUCUUGGAGAUCUGGUUAAGGAGGACCAGCGGGUGCAGGCAUACGGACACUUGGAGACCCUCAGGAAUGGCACCGAGCAGCCUGAUUUUCAUGAUGGUGAUGUGUUCUCCAACAAGUGCGACGGGAUAUUGGGUGACCUUCGAAAGUCCACCGAAAGCGACAGCAAAUCUCCAGAUUCGGCUGACGGGGAACAGCCCAAAAAGAAGCACAGACGCAACCGCACGACCUUCACCACCUAUCAGCUUCACGAGCUGGAGCGAGCCUUCGAGAAAUCCCACUACCCUGACGUCUACAGCCGAGAGGAGCUGGCCAUGAAAGUCAGCCUGCCGGAGGUCCGAGUACAGGUUUGGUUCCAGAACCGCAGAGCAAAAUGGCGGCGACAAGAGAAAAUGGACGCCAGCGCCAUGAAGCUCCACGACUCCCCUAUGCUUUCCUUCAACCGCCCGUCCAUGCACACCACCGCGGGACCCAUGAACGGCUCGCUGCCGCUCGACCCUUGGCUACCCUCCCCGUUGUCCACAACUCCGGUGCACAGCAUUCCCGGGUUCAUGGGUCCCACCCAAGGACUGCAGACAGGUUACCCAAACCACGGUUUCCUAAGCACGUCCCAACCGAUGACCCAGAGCAUGCAGCCCAUGGCUCCAUCACCGUACCAAUGCCCACCUCCAUUCACCGACAAAUAUCCGCUGGAGGACAUCGAACAACGCAGUUCAAGCAUCGUCGCUUUGAGGAUGAAAGCUAAGGAACACAUCCAGUCCAUGGACAAGACCUGGCAACCCAUGUGUUGAGGGUACUAAAUGGUGUCGAAGGCUAGUAAAGAAUUGCUGAUUGUAUAACAGAUGGUUUGUCGGGGAUAUGUAGGCGCUGAAUGGGUCACCUGCCAGGUAUUUACUGUAUUUAUUUUUGGUAACCUGGAUAUUAAAACUUUGUUUUGCGCCGAAAGAGAGAAGCACAAAGAUCGGGUAGUAUAUCAGCGCAUACAUUUUCUGGAAAUGUUUUAAAGCUUGACUACAAACACGUUUGAUUAACACUUACUGAGGUGUGAAUAUAAGGUCAUGUUUUUCAUCACAUGACCCCUGUCCACAAAUCCACACUUUACGGGGAUGAUCAGCCGCUGAUGUUUAAAGUCACACCGAAGAUUGUGAGCAAUAAAUAUGGAAGUUAUAUUUCACAAGACUCAUUUCAUUCGCAAAAGACUUUGAGUAAGAGGUUUUGACCUUCGCAUAUGUGCUGAAGAAAGCAAUCCAGUGUUUUGAAACAGUUCAUCCCAAUUUGAGGGAAAGACUGAGCAACUUUUUUUUAACUUAUCGCAUCAUCGGCUUUUGUAAGUUCUUGUACUACACACAAGAAGAACCGAUUGUUAAUUUCUGCAAAAGGAAACUCACAAAGUUCAAGUUGCCAGACUUUUUCUAGCAAGAUUGUUGUGUGCUGUUUGUUCAACUUCGUACAGACAGCAUACUGAGUAUCUUAAAUGUAUAGACUGAUUCGUUUUCCCUUUAAAUGAUUUAUAAUGAAUAUUUUUUGUUUGUUUGUUUUUUUCAGAAUGUAUACAGUCGAGUCAAAGUGUAAUUUUUAUAGGGCCGUCUGGCCCAAACAUUAGUUUACAAACCGAAAAUGUGACGCUUAGAUGACUUGCACAGUUGAAAAGCCAAAGUUAGAAAGCAAUAUGACAAUCAUGCAUAAAUGUAAAUGUUUGUGAAAUGUUAAGUUGUCAACAGAAAUAUGAAUGUGGGUUUUUGUGUGUGUGUUUGUUGUGUAUCUUAGAGAUUUUUACGGAUGCUCACAAUAAAAAAUCUAGUUUGAUAGAC